AUGCAAAUGAGAGAUCUAUCAAGAGAGCAAAAUCCGAAGCAAAAGGGCACACUCCCAAGUGACACCAUAGCAAAUCCAAAAGGUAAUGGGAAUGGUCCGACUUCUCAUUGUAUGGUAAUCACAACUCAAAGUGGGAGAAUACUUCAAGGAGAGAAUGAACAAGUGGUCGAAGUGGAAGCUCUGGAACAAGAGGUUGAGGCACAAGUUGAGGUGCCAAUUGUUGUUGAAGCUGAAAGACUCCCAAAGGAGGUGAAAAUUCAAGAAGUGAUCCGUGAAGAGGUUAAGGAAAAGGUAAAGGAGACACCAAAAUCUCUAGCACCAAUUCCUAGACCUCCCCCUUCUUUCCCUCAAAGAAUUUCUAGGAGGGUUAAUGAUAGAAAACUCGAGAAAUUCUAUGACAUUCUCAACCAAUUAUCGGUGAACGUCCCAUUUGUGGAAGUAUUUCAAGAGAUGCCGGGGUUAGGUAUGCCGAGGCCUAGAAAUAUGAGGUUUCAAAUGGUCGACCGUUCAAUAAAAAGACCGGUGGGAAUUGUUGAUGAUGUUCUUAUGAAAGUGGGGACAUUCCUCCUCCUUGUCGACUUUGUUAUCUUUGAUUGUGCUGUUGAUAAAGAAAUUCAUAUCAUCUUGGGGAGACCAUUCCUUGCUACCAGAAGAGAACUCAUGGAUUCGGAACGAAAUGAGAUCAAGUUCCGAGUUAAUGACGAAGAGGUUACCUUUCAAGUAAGUAAGAGUAUGAAAUUUCCACAUGCAUAUGAAAGCAUCUCAAUCAUUGAUGUUGUUAAUGAGGUAGAAGAUGAAAUCAAGAUGAAUAUGGAUGAAAAAUGCCUUGGUGAGGCGUUGGCGGCUAUUUUGGUAAAUUUUGAUGGUAAAGAUAUGGAAGGGUACAUGCAAUCGGUAAAUUCAUUAGAAGGACUUGGGUUCUACACUUAUGCACCAAAGAAACUUUCUCUUGACUUAGAUAAUAGAGUCACUCCUCCCGCUAAGCCUUCAAUUAUCGAGCCGCCACAACUUGAGCUCAAGCCACUUCCACCACACUGCACUUAA